CCUGCAUAUACAUAUACAUACAUUCGUAUAUAUCCACAGGUAUCUCUAUCUCUCUCAUCUCUCUCUCUCUCUAGAAGAUAAGAUGGAAGGUGAAACAUCUGCGGUUAACAUUGUGGAAACACCAAAAGAAAGGAAGGGGAAAGCACCACUUCUGGCAGCUCCUCCAGGUGGUUCGAGCAGUAGUAAAGCAGUACCGGUGGUGGUUAAACCGGCGGCAACAAAAGGUGGAUACCGGAGAGGUUUAGCAGUGUUUGAUGUGGUUCUAAGGAUAGCCGGUGUUGCUACGGCUUUAGGAGCAGCCAUAGCCAUGGGCUCCACAGAUCAGACUCUACCUUUCUUCACUCAGUUCUUUCAGUUCAAAGCCAGUUACGAUGAUUUGCCAGCUUUUACGUUUUUCUUGAUUGCAAAUGCCAUUACAGCAAGUUACCUAGUCCUCACGAUUCCCAUCUCCAUCGUGUGUAUUUUGCGCCCAAAUGCAACCAAGCCGAGGGUUAUCCUCAUGUUCUUUGACACGGUUAUGGUUGCUUUGACAACAUCAGCGGCUGGUGGGGCAGCAUCCAUAGUUUACUUAGCUCAUAAUGGCAACUCAGAUGCAAAUUGGCCUGCAAUCUGUCAACAGUUUAACGAUUUUUGCCAGAAAAUUAGCGGGGCUGUGGUGGCUUCUUUUCUAUCUGUGGUCAUUCUCAUGGCCUUGGUCGUGUUAUCUGCCUUUUCUCUUUAAACAUGUGACGUUUGUCAUGGCGAAUGUUUAUUUUUCUUUAUUCUCCGUUUGUUUAUCCUCAUAUAUUGUUGGUUUUUCUUGAGAU